UCUGUGGCUCGAGCCAGCGUGGGACGGGACCUCAGCUGGAGUCCCAAGCUCCUAGCGAGGCCGGAAAACUGCCUGAGAGGCGGGAGGGGAGGAGCCCGGCGCCGCCACUUACCUCACUUGAAUACACCGCCUCCUUGGGGCUCCCGGGAUUGCUGGCGGGGAAGGGCGGACCUUUGGAGCCGGGUCCGCUGGGAGUGGGGUCUGCUCGGGUUCCUCCCCCAGACCGGGCUUUCCCUCUGGUGUUCCUAACUCCCUUCUGCUCUUACUGCUCCAGUGGCUUACCUUUAUCGUUUAUUUUUCUCACCAGCAUCCAUUCAUGCAUUCAUUCAACCGAUUCCUAAUUAGGCGCCUACCAGUGCAGGCACUAUUUUAGACAUUGGCAAUAUAGCAGUGAACAAAAUAGAAAAAUUCCUGCGCUCAAGAGCCUAGGAGCCUACAUUUUAGUGAAGAUGAGACCGACAAUAAACAAGAGAUAUAGUAUAUAGGUAACUCAUGCACCAUUUUGGAAAGUGAUAAAGUGCUACAGAAAAAAAAAUAGAGGGAAUGUAAAGCAAGAUACCUCAGAUCUUCAGUGAUUUCUUUUUGCUGUGGUCGUGUUACUUUCUUUUCUCCUCCUUUCAUCGAAUAUGCAGGAAAACAAGGUGUGAGACCACAGCUAGCUUAAUGCUGCUGAUGAACCCCAAAUCCAGGGCAGUAUUUGACACAUCAAGACAAGUAGCAGCUGCCCUGUGAGUCAGGAGAGGCCCUUUGGCUGACACCACCGAGAUUAAUAUCCCCCAAGGGAAGCUGGCAUCUACCAGAAUCACUUCAAAACUCGUUGUCUGAGCAAAGCCAGAACUGACUUUGGGAGCAGGAUCCAGCCAGCAGAGAAGAAACUGAGACAGCGUUGGAAGACUGGAAAAGAAAGCUGGGUAAAAAAAUGCAACAGGUUGUUAUGUCAGAUGAGAGUCCAGGACCACCAAGCCAGCUGCUUUGGACCCCUGAAACCCAGCUCUUCCAGGAAAGAGCUCUACCAACUACUCAAUGUCCUUCCUUUGGUAAACAUGAAAGCCAAGGAAACCUGCCAGGAGCAAAUAUCACACUGGAGUCAGUGAAAUUUGAGGAUGUAGCUGUGAACUUCAGUAGCGGAGAGUGGCAGUGUCUGACCCAUGCUCAAAGGCACCUCUAUAAAGAUGUGAUGCUGGAAAAUUAUGGGAACAUGGUAUCACUUGGAUUUCCAUUUCCUAAACCUCCUUUGAUCUCCCAUCUGGAGCGAGAGGCAGAGCCCUGCGUUCAGGAUCUGCAGGACAGCGAGUUCCUGAGCUGCUCCUACCCAGUAUCAACUGACAAGUCAUGGCCUGAGAAUGAGAAGGCAAGUUCGGAACAAGAAAUUUUUGACAAUGAAGAAGUCUGCUUGGUGAAAUUUAAAAGUCUCCUAAAAGUUGUUUCCCAGGAUCCUCAGGUUGGAGAAUUUUGUUUACAAGAUAUCAAAUUAGAGAGUCAAUGGGAAGUGCCUAUGAAGGAGAAACUGAGAGAAGAGAAAGAAAGCUGUGAGAAAGUGACCUUCAAGAAAGGAAAGAAUCAGAAGAUACUUAGAAAAAGCUUCAAUCCAAACUCCAAAUAUAUUCCAUAUAAUAGAGUUCUUAUAGGACAGAAACUCCAUGAAUGUGCCAAAUGUGGCAAAAAAUGCAGUUGGCUUUCUGACCUAAUUCUCCAUGAGCGAAUUCACUCUGGUGAGAAACCUUAUGUGUGUAACGAAUGUGGGAAAGCAUUUAAGACCAAAAAUCAGCUUUCUAUGCACCAGAUAAUCCACACAGGGGAGAAACCCUUUAACUGUACCCAGUGUGGGAAGGUCUUCAGUAGUAGAUCAGCUCUUUGCCGACAUAAAAAAACCCACAAUGGAGAGAAGCCUCACGGAUGCAGUGACUGUGGGAAGGCCUUCAAGACCAGGAACCGUCUCAGUAUGCAUCAGAUAAUCCACACUGGGGAGAAGCCUUAUGAAUGUAAUGACUGUGGGAAGGCUUUCCAGUUCAAGCAUUCCCUUACCAUCCAUGGCAGAAUCCACACUGGGGAGAAACCAUAUGAAUGUGAGGAGUGUGGGAAGGCCUUCAGUGGGCGUUCAGACCUCACCAAACACACAAGAAUCCACACUGGAGAGCGACCUUAUGAGUGCAAUGAGUGUGGGAGGGCCUUCAGCCGGAGCUCAGACCUAAGCAAACACAAAAGAAUCCACACCCAGAAGAAACACUAUGGGUGCCCUCAGUGUGGAAAAGCCUUCAGCAGCAAGGCAGAGCUCACCAAGCAUAGAAGAAUCCACACUGAAGAGAAGCCUUACAGGUGUAAGGAGUGUGGGAAAGCAUUUCGUCAUAACUGUAAACGCAGGGCUCACGAAAGAGAACACACUGGAGAGAAGCCCUAUCAGUGCGGGGAUUGUGGGAAAACUUUCCAGGAUCGGCAUUGCCUUACCAUCCAUCAAAGAAUCCACACUGGAGAGAAACCUUAUAAAUGUCCAGAGUGUGGUAGAGCUUUCAGUGGGAAGUCAAACUUGACUAAUCAUCAAAGAAUCCACACUGGAGAGAAACCUUACAGAUGUGAGGUGUGUGGGAAGGCCUUUCAUCAGAGUUCAGUCCUGAGACAGCACAAAAGAAUCCACACUGGUGAGAAGCCAUAUACCUGCGGUGAGUGUGGCACGUCUUUCCGUCAGUGCUCAGCACUAAUUGGACAUAAGCGAGUUCAUACUGGGGAGAAACCUUACGAAUGUGAGGAGUGUGGAAAAGCUUUCAGAGUGAGCUCAAAUCUUACUGGACAUAAGAAAAGAAAACACAGAGCAUGGAGAACCCACAAACUUGAUGAGAGUGGGAAAUCCUUCUCUCCACUAACUGUUUCUCAGACCUUUUCAGUAGUCAAUAUUUUGACCACCAAUGCCUGAGUAAUGAUUCUGGUGUUUACACUUUCCCAUUUCUCCUCCUUCCUCUCAGACUGUCCUUGCCUCCUGAUUCCCUGACCCCUAAUUGUGAGAUCAAACAGCCUUUGUCCUUGACCUUCCUAUUCAGUGUUUCUUCAGUGAGUAACUCACUUCCAAGGCUUUGUCUGUCAAUCAUAAUAUUAAAUACUUACCAGUGCUUGCCACGUGCCAGGCACUAUUCUAAGGGCUUUACACUUUUAACAUUAAAUCUAUACAGCCUCCUUAUGGGAUGAGAAAAUUGCAUAAAAAGAUUAAGAAACCUGCUCAAGAUCACUUAACUAGUAAAUUCUGCAAAAAUGCCCCCUGAACGCUCAGACUUAUUUGGGCAAUUUCCGUGUGCCUGCACCACAUCUUUUGGAUGUGAAACUAUACCUCAGUUCAGCACAGAACAUUUUUUUAAUUGAUAAACAUUCAUCAUUUUUAGCAUAGUUUUUUUUAAUGUAAAGCCUGAAUGGUACUUCUUCAUGUGGAAUCAGGAUUGCUGAGGUUCAGGGGGAAAGAGAGGCAGGGCAAGGACAUUUUUAAAAAUUACAGAUAAGUAGAAGUCAGCUCUAUGCUGUGUUGAUUUCUUAAAUAUUUGCUAUGUGUGUUUGCAUGACAUAUAAAAUGCUCUUUCAAAUGUAUUAGUAAAUUUAUAUCCUUCUUUUGAAGUCUUUCAGUGUCUCUUAACAUCCAUCCUUUCUCUCUCAAAUGUUAUAGGUCCUUCGAACAGAAUUACCAUAAAUACCCACAUACAGUAAGGCUGUUAAAAGAGAAAUUGAAAAUCCUGGAAGAGGUUGCAAAUGUGUCAU